UUUGUACCUUCGUGUAUGUGGGUCUGUGUGCAUACGUGUUCCAUAAGCAUCUGCCGAAACGUAUCUCUAGGUUUUCGCACAGGCCACAGACUGCAGACUACAAUGGAGAACUACGUCGAGAUGUCUCACAAGUGGGGGGCGGAAUUUAUCGAGAGUCUGCAGACCAGCAUGCCGGGUAGAGGACGGAUGUUCAUGCAGAUUUCUGAUAUCGGCGACCCUGGGCUGGCCUUCACCUUGUAUUUCCCUGUGGUUGUGGCUCUCCAUGCGGGCGUGGGCGUGAGGCUGAUGUGGUCGAUUAUCUUCUGCGAGUGGUCGAACAUGAUCCUCAAGUGGUGCAUAGCAGGUGACAGGCCGUACUGGUGGGUGCACGAGACGCCCGUAUACGCCAACCGCAGACCGCCCGUGCUCAUGCAAUACCCACGCACUUGUGAAACGGGACCCGGCAUGCCCUCCGGUCACGCCAAACUCAACGCUGCCAUGUUCUAUAUCCUGGUGUCGGCGUUCAACGAGAUGGUUGUCAAGAACACGACGCUCCUGAGCCAGAAACAGCGUGUGUGGGCGUCUCGCGGGCUGUGGGCGGCUUACGGCAUAUGGAUGACGUUGGUGUUGAUCUCAAGGACGUACAUUGCCGCCCAUUUCCCGCAUCAGUGCGUGGCAGGCGCCCUCAUAGGUUUGAUGAUGGCCAUGAUGGUGUCCCGCAUGCCGGUCCUGCAACAUCUCACACGCCGUCAGUACGUGGCACUCUCUGUCACCAUCAUUGUGUCUGUCCUUGGGAUCUACUUCAGCGUCAGAACCAUCGGGGGGAACGUUCUUUGGUCCCUGGAAAAGGCCAUCAAGUGGUGCGUGAAGAGGGAGUACAUCCACGUCGACUCCACCCCAUUCUACUCCUUCUCUCGCUACUCCGGGGUCUCGCUCGGUCUCGGCCUCGGUCUCUCUUCGCCGUGGUUCAAGAAGGCUGCCAAGUCGAGAUUCAGCACCAACAUGAUCGCGUCCUUAGCCGUCCUCAACUUCGCCACGAGCCAGAUCGGCGUCAUCGUGCACAAGUCCCUCUCGCCCGCCAUGUUUGGAUGGUACGUUGCAGAAUUCACUCUCAACUGCACCGUGACCUUCAUGCUGGUGGCUGCCCUUCCAAAUUUCGUCAGGGUUGUGUACAAUGCACGCGCGGGCGACAAGUACAAGAAGAAGUGAAGAGGGGGUGGGCGUCCGUAGGUGUUUGUUGCCUGUAUGGGGGCGGGUUUUCUGCGUAUUGUGCGUGCUCGAAGUGAGAGAGAGAGAGUGUGGAGGGAGGAUUUCCGUGCUUUCUUUCGCUCUCCUCCUUAUGCUAAUUUUCUAUUUCUUCCUUUUUUUUCUUUUUCUUUUUUCUUUUUCUUUUCCUUUUUUUUCUUCUUCUUUAUCAUCUUGCUUCUUCCUCUUCUUCUCCUACUUCUUUUCCUUUUUUUUCUGUCUCUUAUUUUUGGAUUGGUGUUGAAAGACUAUAAUGUUUUCUUUAUUUCUUAUUAUUUGAAUUUUCUUCGGUAAAUUUUUCCACCUUUGUUAUUCUUGACUUUCACGUACCAUUUAACGUUAUGUUAUUAAAACAAAUAUAUAUAA